AUGGCAGGCUCCAGACCAGCAGCUGGGUCUUCUAUGGGGUGGUUGGGCCAUGAUGGCCUAGACAAGGAAGCUCAAGGCAAGGAAUCCAAAGGCACACAAGCGGAUGAGCCGGAAGUUACCUUCUACACGCACGGCCUGUGUCCGUACGCGCAGCGAGUGGCGAUCACGCUGGAGGCCAAGGAUGCAGAGAGCAGCAGAGCCAUGGACCGCCUCAUCAGCAAGGCCGACUCAAUCAUUCAUGCUGGACUAGCAAUGGUGGCAGGGUCUGAGAGGUUGUGGGCCAUUGACACCAAGAGAGGCAGGAGAGGAGGGGGGAAUGUGCGGGGACAAGGCGAGUGGAGGCAAGCUCUAGACUCGCUGGAAGAGGCUGUGUGCCAAUCACAGGGGCCAUUCUUGAUGGGCGCAAACCUCUCUCUGGCUGACGCGGUGCUCUUCCCCUUCCUCGCUCGCUUCCAGCUAGUCUCAGAGGGAAUUCGAGGAGAACCCUUUGCUCCUGACCACCCGCUCGUCACCCAAUGGAUGGCCGCCAUGUGGCAGCAGCCACCUGCCAGGCGCACGUUCCCUGAUAAGGACCGGUUCCUGUUGGCGCUAAAGCAGUAUGCCAGCCUUGACUACUUUGACUUCCACUCUGCUUCACUUGAAGACCCCGUUCCCAAAUACUGGGUGUAG